AUGAAGUCCUUCACGCUCUCCCUUCUUGCUCUCGCUGCUGCCAGUGCUGUUAGUGGGCGGGCCAUGCAGGCUCGUCAGGAACUCUCCAGUGCGAGUGUCAGUGCCGUCCCGAGCUCGCCUCCGUCCGUCUCCGGCUCGGCGCCGGUCGUAACUGCGACCUCCACACCGGGCGGAUUCGCGAUGGUGGCGGCAUACACCACCUGUCUGGAGUUCACCUUCACGCAGGCGCCGAUUCCUCUCACCCCGACACUAAUUGGAGUCGAUAGUGCAGCCGCAACCCCAACACAAAGUGACCUUCUCCCAAGCGUCAGUGUAAGCAUUCCCGCUUCUGGGUCGGCCCCAGCUUCGUCGGCCAGCUCGAGCCCUGCUCUCGCAGUGUUCUCGACAUGUUUGUUCUUCCUUCCCACUGCUACCGUAACGUCUACUACGUCAAUCCCAACCGCAUCGGCCAGUGCAUCCGCAAGCGCGAGCAAUGCUUUCAGCUCAUUGGCUCUUUGA